UCCGCAGAGCAGGGUGUGUACAGCUGGGAGGCAGCGUGGGCAGGGCCGGGCUGGAUGCGUGUUUUUCUCCAGGAGCAUCCUCUAACGCCUUGUGACAUCGCUCCGCUCGUGGAGGAUGCUCGUGGUCGGGGAGGCGCCGCGUGCGUCGGGAUGAAAGCGGCGCACACGGGGUGUGUCUGACUGGCGCUCUCCGUUGCACCUGUAUGGAGACGCGAAGACGCGCAAAAAUCGCGGCCGCCGCCCAACAAAAUGGCUUUUUUUGUGUGUGUGUUUUUUUUUUCAACGCGGUGAGGACCGUUAUUCGUAAGCAGCAUGUCUAAAAGCAAGCACUGCGAGGCGGUGAGGGUGGUGGUCCGCUGCCGGCCGUUCAGCAGGAGAGAGCAGACAGCGGAGUGUGAAAACAUUUUGGAGAUUGAUGACAAGCUGGGGCAGAUCACCAUCAGGAACCCAAAGGCACCACCCGAAGAGCCCAUGAAAGUGUUCACGUUUGACUCCGUGUAUGGCUGGGAUUCAAAGCAGAGCUACAUUUAUGAUGAUGCGGUGAGACCCCUGGUAGAGUCGGUGCUUCACGGCUUUAACGGGACCAUAUUCGCCUAUGGACAAACCGGCACAGGUAAAACCUACACCAUGCAAGGGGUCUCAAAUGAUCCAGAGAAAAGAGGUGUCGUACCAAACUCCUUUCAGCACAUUUUCACACAAAUAUCCAGAACUCAGAAUCAGAAAUACCUGGUGAGGUCGUCCUACCUGGAGAUCUACCAGGAGGAAAUCAGAGAUCUGUUGUGCAAAGACAACAGCAAAAAGCUGGAGCUUAAAGAAAACCCGGAUUUUGGGGUCUACGUCAAAGACCUUUCUUCAGUGGUGACGAAGAACGCCACUGAGAUCGAGCACGUGAUGAACAUCGGCAACCAGUCCAGGUCUGUGGGCUUCACCAACAUGAACGAGCGCAGCUCUCGCUCGCACGCCAUUUUCGUGGUCACGGUGGAGUGCAGCGAGGUCGGCCCCGACGGCGAGGACCACAUCCGCGUGGGGAAGCUGAACAUGGUGGACCUGGCCGGCAGCGAGCGCCAGAGCAAGACGGGCGCCAAAGGGAAGCGCCUGAAAGAAGCCACCAAGAUCAACCUGUCUCUGUCGGCUCUGGGGAACGUCAUCUCAGCUCUGGUGGACGGGAGGAGCACCCACAUCCCAUACAGGGACUCCAAACUGACCCGCUUGCUCCAGGACUCCCUGGGGGGCAAUGCAAAGACUGUGAUGAUAGCAGCAGUGGGGCCGUCGCACAAGAACUUCGACGAGUCGCUGGCCACGCUGAGGUACGCCAGCAGGGCCAAGAAAAUCAAAAACAAACCCCGCAUCAAUGAGGACCCCAAAGACGCCCUGCUGAGGGAGUUCCAGGAGGAGAUCGCGCGCCUGAAAGCCCAGCUGGAGGCGCGAGGGAUGCUGGCAAAGGAGCGACGGCGCCGGAGGAACAGCAAGAGGCUGAGUAAAAGCAUGGGCGGCGUGGAAGAGGAGCUCCCGAAGGAGAGGGAGGUGGACGUUUGGAAGCCGGCGGAGGAGGAAGCGGAGGGAAGGAGGUACACGAGAGGAGCGGCAGACGUCCCGAAGCUCCUCAGCUGCCAGGAAAGCGGGGAGAGGUUGGCGGUCAUGAGUGAAAACAGGAAAAGUGCAGAGUGGGACCAAGACGCUCUGGAGAAGAUCAUAGAGAAGUAUAAGGCUAUGGAGAGCAAGCUGUUAGUUGGAGGAAAGACUAUAAUUGAUCACACAAACGAACAACAGAAAAUGCUGGAACUGAAGAGACAGGAGAUUGCAGAGCAGGUAAGACGAGAGAGAGAGAUGCAGCAGCAGAUGAUGCUGCAGGACGAGGAGACGUUAGAAAUGAAGGAAACCUUCUCUUCCCUUCAGCAGGAGGUGGAACUAAAGACAAAGAGGCUGAAGAGAUUGUAUACCAAACUGCAGCUGGUGAAGGGGGAGAUGAGAGAUGUCAUUGAUGAGCACAUCGCGAACAGACAGGAGCUGGAACAGACCCAGAAUGAACUCACAAGAGAACUCAAGUACAAAUAUCUCCUAAUUGAAAACUUUAUACCUCCCGAAGAGAAGAACAAAAUAAUGAACAGACUGCACUUUGAUGGCGAGGAGGAUCAGUGGAGACUGCAGCCGGUCAUUCCCUCAGAGAGUGAACCCACUCAGGUCAAGCGAAGGCCUUUGUCAGCUGUGGGAUACAAGAGGCCAAUCAGCCAAUAUGCACAGAUGGCUGUUGCCACGGCAACCAGGGUGCCAUCUAGAUACCAGGCUGAGAACAUCAUGCUGUUGGAAUUAGACAUGUCUCCACCAACCAUGUUCACCUUGAACCUUAAUGGAGCUCAUCUGGAGAGAGCCUUUACUCCCAGGCUGAUGAGGGAUUUACCCAUUAGGGAGAGAACCACUACAACGCUGCGGGUCAGGAAAUCUCAAUCCUGGUAUCAGGCACCGCACACAGCAUCUAUCUCAGCGUCGUCAUCAUCAACCACUCUGACAUCAGCAUCGCAGGGCUGCUCUCCCUCUCAGAGGCAAAGACCAUGCUCUGCUGCUUACCUUCCGUCAAGCGCAGCUCAGACGAGUCCCUGAUGUGUCACCACACCUGUUCAAGGUCUCUGGAAAGGCUGAGGGGCAUUUGGGAGAGAUCAGGGGCGUGAACCGUUCUAUUUGGUUUAUUAAUUUGUAUUUGCACAGGACUGUUUUAUUAAUAGUCAUAGAGCGUCAGUAAGUGAGCGUGUAGUCAGUAACCACAAAGACAAACAUGCCCCAUUCAUUUUCAAAUGAUGACUAUUACACUGAUGCUCUUCUCUCUCUAACUGUCUGCUGGCUUCAACUUACAGUACUGUUGCCUAAACCAUAUAGUGUCUCUACACAGACAUUUGAUUCACAAUAUACUAUCAGUUCUUAUUUAUUUUUUUUAUAUUACACAAUAGAUCUUGGGUUUGCUUGGUCUUCAGAAACACUGCUAUAAAAUGUACCCGGGCUCUACCUAAUGAUGCUGAACCUGUAUGCUUGAUAAGUCGUUGCAGAAAUUGCUUGCUGAUGUAAUUACGAGCCAAAAAUGUAAAGAAAGCUCGCAGUGCUCUCUUGAUUAGCUGCCUUAUUUUUUCAUAGUUGUGAAAUCGCGCGAGCCCAUUUGCUUACACAUGGAAAUAAAGUGAAGUGUUCAUGAA